GACGGCGCUGCGAAACGGUGCUGAAUGGCUGCCAGACCAGACCCUGCCGGAACGGGGGAACCUGCGCCGUCGCCAGCAACACCAAACAGGGUUACAUCUGCAGGUGUCCCCCGGACUUGAACGGCGCCACUUGUGAAAACGACUUGCACAGCUGUGGGAUGCUGCGGUGCCUGAACGGCGGGACCUGCGUUUCCAGCGCCAAGCAGACCAGGUGCCUGUGCGCGCCGGGUUUCACCGGUCCCGAGUGCCAGUUCCCCUCCCACAGCCCCUGCCACUCCGGCCCCUGCUACAACGAGGGCACCUGCCAGUUCACCCAAGAGCCGCCCCACUACCGCUGCCUCUGCCCCAUCAACUUCAAUGGCCUCCACUGCCACAUCCUGGACUUUGAAUUCCCGGGGGGUCCCGGUCAGGACAUCACCCCUCCCCCGGUGGAGGAGACGUGCGAGAUCCCGGGCUGCCCCAGCCUGGCCGGCAACAAGAUCUGCGACGCCAAGUGCAACAACCACGCCUGUGGCUGGGACGGCGGGGACUGUUCGCUCAACUUCAACGACCCCUGGAAGAACUGCACCCAGGCCCUGCAGUGCUGGAACUACUUCAACGACGGCAAGUGUGACGUCCAGUGCAACAACAGCGGCUGCCUGUACGACGGCUUUGACUGCCAGAAGGUCGAGCUGCAGUGCAACCCUCUCUACGACCAGUACUGCAAGGAUCACUUUUCUGACGGCAACUGCGAUCAGGGCUGCAACAGCGCCGAGUGCGAAUGGGAUGGCCUCGACUGUGCCAACCACGUGCCCCAGAAGCUGGCGGACGGGACCCUGGUGGUGGUGGUGCUGGUCAGCCCUGAAAUCCUGAGGAACUACUCCCUGAACUUCCUGCGGGAGCUCAGCCGGGUCCUGCACACCAACGUGGUUUUCAAGAAGGACACCAAGGGCGAGUACAUGAUCUUCCCUUAUUUUGGGAACCCGGAAGAACUAAAAAAACACCGCAUCAAGAGGUCGGCGGGCGACUGGCCAGACGUGUCGGAAGUGGUGGUCAGCGUGAAGGCAGCCCUCCAGGCGAGGAUCAGCGGGAGGCCGAAGAGAGAGCUGGACCAGGUGGAAAUCUAUGGGUCCAUUGUUCACCUGGAAAUCGACAACCGCCAGUGCGUCCAGUCGUCUUCUCAGUGCUUCCAAAGUGCCACCGACGUAGCGGCGUUCCUGGGCGCCUUGGCCUCCAGCGGCAACUUGGACAUUCCCUACAAGAUCGAGGCUGUGAAAAGCGAAACGGCCGAUUCCCCCCGGAGCAGCCAGUGGUAUCCUAUGUAUGUGGUGGCACCUUUGGUCUUCCUCCUCUUCUGCGUGGGCAUCGGCGUUUUGGCAACUCGCAAGCGGCGGAGGGAACAUGGGCAGCUCUGGUUCCCCGAAGGCUUCAAAGUGACGGAGUCCAGUAAGAAGAAACGCCGGGAGCCACUGGGGGAAGAUUCCGUGGGGCUGAAACCCUUGAAAAAUGCUUCGAACGGCACCCUGAUGGACGACAACCAGAACGAGUGGGGAGACGAGGAGACGCUCAACACCAAGAAAUUCCGAGUAGAGGAACAGGUCAUGCUGCCCGAUGAUCAGACUGACCACCGGCAGUGGACGCAGCAGCACCUGGAUGCGGCCGACCUGCGCAUUUCCUCCAUGGCCCCCACCCCACCGCAGGGGGAGAUCGACGCCGACUGCAUGGACGUCAACGUUCGAGGGCCAGACGGAUUCACGCCGCUGAUGAUCGCCUCCUGCAGCGGAGGAGGGCUGGAGACCGGCAACAGCGAGGAGGAGGAGGACACCCCCGCCGUCAUUUCGGAUUUCAUCUACCAGGGGGCCAACCUGCACAGCCAGACGGAUCGCACGGGGGAGACAGCGCUUCACCUGGCUGCGCGUUACGCCCGUUCGGAUGCGGCCAAGCGGCUGCUGGAAGCCAGCGCUGACGCCAACAUCCAGGACCACAUGGGCAAGACGCCGCUUCACGCGGCCGUGUCGGCAGAUGCCCAGGGCGUCUUUCAGAUCCUGAUCCGGAACAGGGCCACCGACUUAGAUGCCCGUAUGCAUGACGGCACCACGCCCCUGAUUCUGGCUGCCCGCUUGGCGGUUGAAGGCAUGCUGGAAGAUCUCAUCAGCUGUCACGCCGAUGUCAAUGCCGUUGACGAUCUAGGCAAGUCUGCCCUCCACUGGGCUGCGGCUGUGAACAAUGUGGAUGCUGCUCUGGCGCUGCUGAAGAACGGCGCUAACAAGGACAUGCAAAAUAACAAGGAAGAGACCCCCUUGUUCUUGGCAGCCAAAGAAGGGAGCUACGAGACGGCCAAAGUCCUCCUGGACAGCUUUGCCAACCGGGACAUCACGGAUCACAUGGACCGCCUGCCCCGUGACGUGGCCCAGGAGCGCAUGCACCACGACAUCGUGCGCCUUCUGGACGAGUACAACCUGGUGCGGAGCCCGCCCCUGCACAACGGGCCUCUGGCCACCCUCUCCCCGCCCCUCUGCUCGCCCAGCGGCUACCUGGGCCACCUGAAGCCAGGCCUGCAGAGCAAGAAGGCCCGCAAGCCAAGCACAAAAGGGCUGAGCUGCAACGGGAAGGAGCCGAAGGGGCUCAAGGCCCCCCGGAAGAAGUCGCAGGAGGGCAAGGGGUGCCUGCUGGAUGGCUCCGGCAUCCUCUCCCCGGUCGACUCACUGGAGUCACCGCACGGCUACCUCUCGGACGUGGCCUCCCCGCCUCUGAUGACCUCCCCCUUCCAGGCCUCUCCUUCCGUGCCCCUCAACCACCUGCCCGGCAUGGCAGACCCCCACCUCAGCAUCAGCCAACUCAACUUGGUGGGCAAGCCGGAUCUGGGCCUGGGGGCCGGACAGAUGCAGCCCUUCGAGUCGGGGGCCCCCCGCCUGUCCCACCUGCCCGUCUCCAGCGCCAGCGCCAUCCUGGGCGGGGCCUCGCUCAACUUCGCCCUCAGCGGGAGUCAGUGCGAGUGGCUGAACCGCCUGCAGAGCAGCCUGGUGCCCGGCCAGUACCACCCCUUGAGGAGCGCUCUUCCGCAGGGCACGCACCCUGCCAGCCAGGGCCUGCCCCACGGGCUGCUGGCGCCCCUGCACGGCGGCCCCCCUCUGCCUCCCAUGAUGACCUACCAGACCGUCCCCGGUGGCCACCUGCCCACCCACUCCCAGCCACACCUGCUGCAACCCCAGCAGCCGCAGCAGCAGCCGCCCCCACCGCAAGCCCACAGUGGGGCCACGAACACUGCCCCCCAAGUGGGGGCCAGCUUCCUCGGGAGCGAGCUGGGCCAGGUGGAGCUGCAGCAGCCCAUGAGUGGCGGCGCCCUGGCUGUCCACGCCAUCCUGCCCCAGGACACCCAGGUGCUGGCCACCUCCCUGCCCCAGGCCCUGAGCACCACCCAGUUCCUGACUCCGCCUUCCCAGCACAGCUACCCCUCCCCCAUGGACCACACGCCCAGCCACCAGCUCCAGGUGCCCGACCACCCCUUCCUCACGCCUUCGCCGGAGUCACCGGACCAGUGGUCAAGCUCCUCCCCCCAUUCCAACGUCUCGGAUUGGUCGGAAGGGAUCUCGAGCCCGCCCACCAGCGUCCAGCCCCAGGUGGGGCGCAUCCCGGAAGCUUUCAAGUAA